CCAUUUGGGAUGCAGGCUUUGUUUUUAUAUGUCUUCCUCCUCCAGGGUUCUGAAAGACAAGGGCUUCAUGCUCCAGGAGCGAGGGGAGAUCGAUGUGAAGGGGAAGGGCAGGAUGUCCACCUACUUCCUGGAAGGGAACCUGACCUCCACGGAGCAUGAGAUCAUGGGCCGUUCAGUUAAGGAGGCCGACUCGGGCCGUGCGUCUGUCCAGUCGGCACGGGACUGCAGCACAGAGGCAGCCCUGUACAGACCGGCCAUCCAGAGGGUGCAGAGUGAGGACAGGAAUCCUGCAGUGCCCAUGGAGUAUGGAGACAGCCUGACUGACCCACAGCCCCCAGUCCAGCUCACUGACCCCCAGCCGCAAGCCAGAGCCAAGAGCCUCAAAGGAAAACCUCGGGACUCAGAGAGCUACGGCAGUCUCCACAGUGACAACAAGUCAGUGGAGGGAGGUCUCCCCAACCCAGACCACCAGCUGACCAGAGCAACCUUGUCCCAGAGUCCCACUCCCAUAGAGGCUGAGGCUCUUCCUUCCACCAAACACAUCCGGACCAGUUUCUGUGUGGUCCUCUGAGCUGUUGUAGUACUAUCCAGACUAGUCACUGUAGCCCCGUUUAUACCUGGUGCUAACACAUACGUCCUUGAUCCUGAUCUUGUCAUCAUUCUGAUUGUGCCCACAUUUUAGCUGUUGCAUCUACACAUGAUAAGAGACACAUAUUAAAAUGUGACCAGAUUUCCCGGUAUGCAAUAAAAUAAUUUAAGACACAUAUUGAAGUCAAUGGUGCCAACUGUCAAUGGUUUUAGAGGGAGGGAUAAUGAUGAUUUAAUAAGUUUUACUGUCCAGAUCCGCCUAAGAUAUUCAGACACAAUGCAUCCCUAAAUACCUCCAGAGGUCGUCAGGAACAUCAGAUCACAAUACAUAUUCUAAUCGUCUACACCUGUCUAAAAAGGUGGGCACAAUUUGAAUGUGGACAAGAUCAGGCAAAGGACGCAUGUUAGCACCAGGUAUAAACUGAGCUUAAGUGACCCACCCAUUCAAUUGGAUCACAACUGCUGGAAUAUAGGACAUUUAAUUAAAUUGGAUUAUCUCUGCUGAUGAGCCUAUACUCUGUGUUUUAUGAAUAUUGAAAUUACAGUGUCUAUGGUCAUCUUGCUAAUGUUUCAUUAUAUGUGAUCUCUCCCCCGGGGCACUGCUAUCUAUGUGAUAUAUAUAAGUCAACUGUAACCAGACGAGUACCUCUGGUCCAGGGCACUAUGAACCAAGACAGCGGAGCAGUAAGACGUGUUUGUUUCCGUCCCAUGUAAAUAUUGUCUUUUUCUUUCUUUCUUUUUUGUUGUUGUAUACAUUUCAAUCUCUUUUUUCCAUUUUCAAAUUAAAUAUACCUUCUUGCAACCCGCCUCACCCAAUGUGUUACGGAUCUGCUAGUUUUUAGACCUUAUAACUCUAACCUCCAUCAGAAGCUAGCAAUCUUAAUAAGCUACUGGCUUUUUAGUCAUUGUUAGCCACUGCUAGCGGUCUUUAUCUUUAGCUCGGACUCCAGCCGCUUUAGCCUGGAUAGCCUGGAUAAUACCUGCCAGUCUGCACAGCACAAUAUCAGUCCUGAGCAAAUCGGACUGCUUUUUUCCCCACUACAUCACCGGAUUCCUGCCGCAAGCUCUGGACUAUUACACCGGAUCUUCGCAGCUAGCUAGUUGCUACCGAGUGGCUAUUGUGGCUAGCAAAUGAAGUACACCAACAACAAUACCUCUCUUGCCAAUUGGCCUGGACCCUUUGUCGACACCGCCGAUCCAUCACGACUGGUCUGCUGACGUAAUUCGGCCGAUGUGCUCUCAACCGGCCUCUGUGUCAUGGAUGUUGGUGUUGAUCUACCUGAACGCCGUGUCUCCUGCUCGCCUUGCGUAGGAAUCUACUACCGAACGGCUCCCUGUUUCAUCUUUGCUGCUCAUUGGACCCUAUGAUCACUCUGCUACACAGCUGAUGUCUGCUGGACUGUUCAUUAACACGAUACUUCAUUUUGUUUAUCUGUCGGCCCCAGCCUCGAACUCAGGCCCUGUGUGUAGCUAACUGACACUCUCUGCCCAUUCAUCGCCAUUUACCCGUUGUUGUUGUCCUAGCUAUUUACCCGUAGUUGUCUCACCCGUUGUUGUCUUAGCUCUCCAAAUCAACACAUGUGAUUGCUUUAUGCAUUUCUCUAAUGUCAAUAUGCCAUGUAUACUGUUGUUUAGGGCAGCUCUCAUUGUUUUAUUUUACUGCGGAGCCCCUAGUCCUGCUCAACAAGCCUCAGAUAGCCCCCUUGUCCCACCCCCCACACAAGCGGAGACCACACCUAGCUUAACUGGCACCUCCAGAGAUGAAACCUCUCUCAUUGUCACUCAGUGCCUAGGUUUACCCCCACUGUACUCUCACCCUACCAUACCCUUGUCUG